AUGAGUAAAAAAGCCAAACAGAAGACUGACAAUGACGAUGGCCCCGUUCUGAAGAGAGGACGAUUCUCCAUUCAACCUGACGUCACUGUGGUUGUUGGAGGUACAGAGUUUCAAGAAUCCAGCCAUGCCCUUCGUAUCUGCAGUGAGUAUUUUGAUGCUGCUCUUCGCAGUGGAAUGAAAGAAUCUAUAUCCAAGAGAUUUGAAUUCCCGGACAAGGAUCCAAAGGAAUGGGAAUUGGUCAGAUCCUUCUUCGAGCCUUUUUCGAAUGCAGAGAUCACCGCGACAAAUGCUCACAAAAUCCUUCCAUGGUUCGAUAAACUCGGUAUCCACAAGGGUAUUGAGCGCUGCGAUCCGGUUCUCUCGACUCGUAGAUACAGAUGCAGAAACGGCAAAGACUUCGACUUGUUGUUGGCUACUCUGCUGAAUAGCAUCCAGUACAAUCUAGACAACACAACUCCAGUAUGCCUAAAACAAAUCAAAGCGGAGUUUGAAAGCCCCAAGGGAUUCUUAUGUGCGGAUAUGGUUGGAAUCCUAUUUGACGCCUUGAAGGCCAACAAGACACAGGAGUUACCGUGGGAUAUAUGUGAAGACUACGUCCCCUCAAAGGUCACGGACCCAGCAGACCAGGAUGUCUUGAUCCGCACCGGAGUGCUUUUAAAGCACUUGUUGUUGUCAAAGUGGAAAAACGAAAGGUAG